GUGCUGACAUCUUUAUUUAUAUUUUUCAGUUUAUAGAUGAAAGGUUGAAUAUUGUUAAAUUGACCCUGAUUCGUAAGUCGAUACAGGAGAAGUCCGCAUUAAUGUACCAGUUCCCUUUGCAGUGCACCAUAACGUUGCCACACAGGCGUAACGUUACAAGGGUGCGUGAAAUGCAUAGCUGAAUUAGCUCGUGUUAUUAUAUUUAGUGAUAUUCAGACCUCGUGCAUUGGCCAAUUGAAUGCUGGUUCAGAGGAGCAGCGCGCAAUUAUUUACUUUGCUGUUUAAUUUUCUGAAGCGGAGACGUACGCCGUUAUGUCUGCACAGGGAGAUUGUGAAUUCCUCGUGAAACGAGCCCGCGAGCUUGUGUCAGAAGACCCUUGGGCUGCCAAGGCAUGGCUAAUAACAGCUCGAACUCUUUAUCCAGCCGAUUUCAACAUUCAGUAUGAGAUGUACAUCAUUGAGCGCAAUGCAGAAAGGACCACACCUGCUGGCAGACUUCUGUAUGACAUGUUUAUCAAUUUCCCUGACCAGCCGGUGGUGUGGCGUGAGAUCUCAGUCAUCACAGCAGCAUUAAGAAAUGACAACCAAGAUAAACAUGCUCAGUUUUUGAGAGGAUUGUUUGAGACCCUACCUGGCCGCAUCCAGUGUGAAAUGCUCCUGAAGGCCACGGAGCAGUGUUUUAACACGUUAGAGAAGGCUGAGAUGCUGCUGCUUUUAUUACGAAGGUUCCCAGAGUCGGUGGUUCAGCACGGGGUAAGCCUUGGAGAGUCUCUACUAGAGGCUGAAAAUGUGGAAGACCUGGAUACACCCGUGAACUGCUUCAGAAAGCUUUUUGUCUGUGAUGUUCUCCCCUUGAUCAUGAACAACUUGGAUAUGCGGCUUCCUCCCAGUCUGCUGUACAAGUACAUGCACAAGGCAGCUGAGUUCUACAUCUGCUAUGUCACACGUGGGCCUUCUGCAGACACACAAAUGCAGGGUGGUCAGGAAGGUGGCUUGAAGUCUCCCGGGGUGAUGCGAGGGGCACAGAAGUAUGUGAUUGAUGGCCUGUCAGAGAAGUCCUCGGUGGUGGCUGAGCCGUGGGAGAGGCUGCUGGACAUCCUGGCGGUGGUGGGGGCUCGCUGUGAGUGGCAAGGAGACAAGGGCAGCAGGAGUUACAUAGAGCUGCUGCAUCGUGUGAAGGAGCUGUGCCGCUACCUGCCCAGCCUGGAGGGGGAGACACUGUCCCGCUGCAGCAGCCAGGUGGUCACCUGUGCUGCCCUCGUCUUCUUCCGAAGUGCCUACCUCUAUGUGUCCGUCAUACAGCCUUCACUUUUCCAUGGUCACAGUUCCCUAGGCGCAGGUCCAUGGAUCAUGCUAGAGGACCUGUCAUUGGUGUUCAGUGACAUUGAAUUGGAGAAAGCUUCAAGCAAGCAUGCGCACAAGAAGCGCAAGCUAGCCGACGGCCGGGAGAAGACAAUGAGUUCAGAUGAUGAAGACAGUGGGGGUAAGGGCAGAGGACGGCAUAUCCUGGUCAACAAGACAGAGAUGCCAGCCUGGACUGAGACUCUGGACGGCUUCCGCACGGCCAGGGAAAGCUGGGAUCUGUUGCAUUCCAACGAAGCCCUGGAGUCCGAGUUCAACAAGCUGUGUGCUGCCUGGAAGACAGACACCUGGCUGUGGCUGAGGAUAUUCCUCACAGAUAUGAUUAUAUAUCAGGGGCAGUACAGGAAGGCCUUAUCCAGCCUGCUGCAGAUGGCCUCCUUCCAGUCCCCGGCCUGCCAGAGCCCCCCUGGAGGAGGCAGCCUGGAGAACCACAGGGCUCUCAUACAGCAGGCAUCCUGCCACUACGCCCUGGGAGAACACCGGCUGUCAUGUGAGAAACUGCUUGAGGUUGUUGGAGGGCUGGUUCCACAAAGUCAGGAGCCAGGAAAGAGUGGUGAGGACCCUGCCAAACCAAGGAUGAAGCCUAGAAAAGGUAAUGACCUGAGGCUUCUACCUUGUACAAGCAAGUCAAUCCUACCAUACUGUCUUCAACUGAUGCUGGCUUGCUUCAAGCUGCGAGCCUUCACAGACAUGAGGGAUGACCUGGCCCUGGGUCAUGUGGUGGUGCUACUGCAACAUGAUUGGCCGCAGGGCGAGACGCUGUUCCUGAAGGCCGUGGAUAAGAUCUGCCAGCAGGGCAGCUUCCAGUACGAAAACUUCUUCAACUACGUCACCAAUAUCGACAUGCUUGAAGAAUUUGCUUACCUCCGCACCAGUGAGGGUGGGCGUGUCCAGUUAGAGCUGUUGCCCAAUCAGGGCAUGCUAAUCAAGCACCACACAGUGACGCGUGGCAUUACUAAAGGGGUGAAGGAGGAUUUCCGUCUGGCCAUGGAGAGGCAGGUGUCUAGAUGUGGAGAGAACCUGCUUACUGUGCUGCAUCGCUUUUGCAUCAAUGAGAAGAUCAUCCUUGUACAGUCUUUGCCUUAA